AUGAACCAUCGAUUCCGUAUACAUAUUUCCAAACCCUCAAACUCUGGCUCCAUUCGAACACUACCAAUUUUUUGUACGAGAAAAAGUAAAUAACUGUUCUUGCGUAUUUCCGAAACCCUAGAUCCCCCUCCUAGUCAAUUCACGAUGGUGUCGGACGCGAGCAAGAAGAAGGCUGCGCAGAAGAAGGCGGCGGCGGCGGCCAAGAGAGGUGGCAAGGCAGCGGUGGCGUCCUCAUCCUCGUCAAAGACGGCUGAGAAUGGAAGUAAAGUUGAUAGUUUGGCGAACGAGGUCGAAGCGCUUCUGAUAUCCGAUCGGACAUGUACCGGAGUCUUAUGCUCGCAUCCUCUUUCCAGAGAUAUUCGGAUUGAAUCUCUGUCGCUCACUUUCCAUGGCCAUGAUCUUAUUGUUGAUUCUGAACUAGAACUCAAUUACGGCAGACGAUAUGGUUUACUUGGGCUAAAUGGAUGUGGGAAGUCUACUCUUCUUUCUUCAAUGGGGUGCCGAGAACUUCCCAUUCCAGAGCACAUGGAUAUUUUUCAUCUUACUCGGGAGAUCGAAGCUUCUGACAUGUCUUCUCUUGAGGCCGUUAUAAGUUGUGAUGAAGAAAGGUUGAAAUUGGAGAAAGAAGUUGAAGCCUUGGCUGGACAGGAGGAUGGCGGUGGAGAACAACUUGAUCGCAUUUAUGAACGUUUGGAUGCAUUAGAUGCAUCAACUGCCGAGAAGCGUGCUGCUGAGAUCUUAUAUGGUCUUGGAUUCAACAAGAAGAUGCAAGCGAAGAAAACACGAGAUUUUUCUGGUGGUUGGAGAAUGAGGAUUGCUCUAGCAAGGGCACUAUUUAUGAACCCCACCAUAUUGUUGCUCGAUGAACCCACCAAUCAUCUUGACUUAGAGGCUUGUGUCUGGUUAGAGGAAAUGUUGAAGAAGUUUGAUCGAAUUCUGGUGGUGGUUUCACAUUCCCAGGAUUUUUUAAAUGGAGUCUGUACUAAUAUCAUCCAUAUGCAAAAUAAGUCGUUGAAGAUCUACACUGGUAAUUAUGACCAAUAUGUUCAAACACGUUCUGAACUCGAAGAGAACCAGAUGAAACAGUACAAGUGGGAGCAGGAGCAGAUAGCGUCUAUGAAGGAAUAUAUUGCACGUUUUGGUCAUGGAUCUGCCAAACUAGCUCGUCAAGCACAGAGCAAAGAGAAAACACUGGCAAAGAUGGAGCGUGGUGGGCUUACAGAGAAAGUGACCAGGGACAAGGUUCUGGUUUUCCGAUUUGUUGAUGUGGGGAAGCUGCCUCCUCCUGUUCUUCAAUUUGUGGAAGUAACUUUUGGCUACACUCCUGAUAAUCUCAUCUACAAGAAUCUUGAUUUUGGUGUAGACCUUGAUUCAAGAGUGGCACUGGUAGGACCCAAUGGGGCUGGGAAGAGUACGCUACUGAAGCUGAUGACAGGUGAUUUAGUUCCUCUUGAUGGAAUGGUGCGGCGUCACAACCACCUGAGGAUUGCUCAAUUCCAUCAGCACUUGACUGAGAAACUUGACGUGGAAUUAUCUGCACUACAGUUCAUGAUAAAAGAGUACCCUGGUAAUGAGGAAGACAAGAUGCGGGCAGCUGUUGGGAGGUUUGGGCUUACCGGUAAAGCUCAAGUGAUGCCCAUGAAGAACUUGUCAGAUGGUCAGAGGAGCCGGGUGAUUUUUGCAUGGUUAGCUUGGAGGCAACCACACAUGCUGCUGUUGGAUGAGCCAACUAACCAUUUGGAUAUCGAGACAAUUGACUCCCUGGCUGAGGCUUUGAAUGAAUGGGAUGGUGGCCUGGUUCUUGUUAGUCAUGAUUUUAGGCUCAUAAACCAGGUGGCCGAGGAGAUAUGGGUGUGUGAAAAUCAGGCCGUGACUCGGUGGGAGGGUGACAUCAUGAAAUUCAAGGAGCACUUGAAGGCAAGGUCUGGUUUGUCUUAUUGAAUCGGAUAAUGUGAUGGGUCGACUUGUAUCAGAAUUAAGCUAUACAGCUAGCUAUCCUGGCUAUAGAUUCCGAUGCAGUGCAUCAAGAAUCUUCAAAAAUUACAAUAUUUUAUGCAAGUGGAUUAUGACUAGAGCCGAGGGAGGGAAAGAGUUUGUAGCUUCUUCAUCAUUCUUUUGAGCCUGAGCCUUUAAGUCGUGAGCCAAUUACAAGCUGAGUUCACAUUUACUUCCUCUAUUACGGAUUUUCUAUAUUUUACCUUAUUAUCAUUGUUCACGACCUAUUGAGAAAAGGCGGCCUCCAAUGAAUAAUUUUUUUGUGGAGCAAGUCAUACUUAUUUUACAUAUUCUAUAUGAAUUUGAUUGUUGUUGAAUAUUAUCACAGUUUAUCAACGACUUAUCUUAUUACA